AUGUCCGAGCCUUCUCCCCAGCUCAAGGAGUUGAAGAAGGUGCUCUCCAGCCGCCGCCGUUCCUCAGACAUUCCAGGCGAUGAGAGCAUCAGAGAUUUGCGCACGGAUUCGAUCGACUCCCUGACACUCGAGAAGUCCCCUACGAGAUACAGCACCCGUUCGCUCAGUCACGAUGGAAGCAGUAAAUCCGGCAGCAGUGGAAUGCGAAAGCUGCUGCCUGGCCACAGCAAGCGUAGGAGAAGGAAACUCCGCGAAGAGGAGGUGAAGGCGCUUACAGAAGAGCUCGCGAGAGGAAGAUCCGCUGGCUCCCUGAGUCUCCAGACUCCUUCGGACAUGUCGCUCCGAAAGUCUAGCAGUCAGCUAGCUUCCGAAGGCGACACAAGCCUCUUGACAGAUGACUCUGAGGUGGAAACGCCUCCAUUGAUCUCGAGAGACUCGCACGCGGGCUACCUGACUGUGUCCUCUCCUCUGGUGUCUGCAGCGCCCACUCGCAGCGAUGACCAACCUCCGCCGUCGCUCGACGAGGUACCAACACUGAUCGAGCCUCAACAGGCUGAGCGAUCAGCCUCUCCCAAGACUACAAACCCAGACACUACUCCAAACUCGCCGAUUGUCGGGCUGGUCGACAGGGCAGACACGCUUCGCCCAGAGUCGAGGAGAAAUAGCAUCAAUAAGUUGCGGGCCAAAUCCCCUGGAAGAAGGUUCAGAGAUGUGUUUGGCAAGUCAGGCAAGAGUCCAAAGGUCAGCCCUGAGAGGGCCUCAACAGAACCCUCGCCUACAUUCACUCCAUAUAGCAGCUCGCCGAACAUCCUGAAUCAUGUUGCAGAGGAGGACGGAGACAAAGUCGCGAAGUCUCCGGACGAGGUUAUCAAGCCCAUUCAAGAUCGUUCAUUGAACAACUCCAUGCCGAAUCUCGACACUAAUAUCAGACCUCUAACGCCUCCUACCGGGCUUAUAAGUACCCCAGUGACCACCGUUACACCUCCGACGCCCACCCAACCGCAGACGGAGUUUGGAGGAGUCACAGCAUCGCCGGCGUCUGCCAAUGGCGAGUUAGACAAGCAGGGGAAUUCGCGGAUUGUGGUGAGUCAUUCAGGAAACAUGAUCUCGCACAGGAGAAUAAGGUCGACAUCUUCGAUUUCUCAUCAGCCGAGCAAGCUGUCCAGCUCAAUGGCCGCUCCUCUGACGCCCACCGACGAGAACAAAGCCUCGAAUGCGACCCGCACGCCCAGCGGCAGUCUGUUUUCAUCCUGGAUGUCUGCAGCACAGAAUGCUGCAAGUACGAUUAGCAACCUCGCCGGUCAAACACGUGCCAGAGCUGGAACAGAUGCAUCUGGGUCGUCGGUUAAGCAGAAGCCUGUGGAGGAACCCAUCCAGGAAGAAGAUGAAACCACCGAGCCCGAAUCGCCGCGAAAGCAACUGGCAGUGGAGACAAUGGGAUCCGGAGAUCUAAACUUUGAACAUUUGGGUCUUGGUGCGACUGAGCGGCUGGACCCAAAUCGACCGGACCUGACAGAACUGAGGAAGGACUCUUCCCUGGAACGAGAUCAGGCAAUCGCUAAAGAAGAAGACCUUCUUGCCAGACGCGCUGUUUCUGCUGCGUACGAGAAGCCUUCGGACUCAACGACACCCAUGGCCGAAAUAGCCGAUCCCGUUGAUGGCUUACGCCAUCACCACACCUUUGCAAGCCAGGUGGGUGGCGAAAGAACGACUCCCAACGGCAGUGUUUUCGAAGGGGAACAAGGUAGCUCGAUGAAGCGAACAAACAGCGUUCGCAGUAAACUUGCGAAACGACGGUCUCGCGGCUCAUCAGCGGCUACUGGUCAGUCCGCAAUUGGUGCUAUGAUCGGGGCCAGCACCGCAGCUUUAGUCAACCCUACAAAGGCACCUCGUCUCACCGGCUUCACAACCGCCCCAAAGCAACGUAAUCGUAACUUCCAUCAACAAUUCAGGAGUGUCCCAGAAGACGAUUAUCUCAUCGAAGACUACAGCUGUGCGCUGCAGAAAGAAAUCUUGGUGGCAGGCAGGAUCUAUAUUUCUGAGGGUCAUAUCUGCUUCUCAAGCAAUAUACUUGGCUGGGUCACAACGCUGGUCAUAUCUUUUGAGGAAGUGGUCAGCAUAGAACGCGAGAGUACUGCGAUGGUAUUUCCAAAUGCCAUUGCUAUCCAGACGUUGCACGCCCGCCACACGUUCCGGAGUUUGUUAUACCGAGAACAGACUUAUGACUUGCUUAUUGGCAUUUGGCGAGUUAGUCAUCCGGCCAGCUUUCAAAAGAGUAUGAACGGUAAACAGCUGGCAGCAGAAGAAGCGACCCGCGAAGCCGUCGCCCCACCAGAGAACGGGGCGGAUGCGCAGGCUAGCGACGACAGCAGCAGUAACGAUUCAGGCUCAGACGGCACGGAUGAUAGCGCUCCGAGCGUGGUAGAGAGCAAUCGCAGCCAGGCUGCUAGCGAUGCCGCAGACGGGAAGACCGUCUCCAGGAAACCGUCAGGUAACGCAGGCGCUGUUGGUCGAAGUGCCAGUGUCCCUGCUGUAACAACCAGUGAUGUUCCUCAACCUCACGCCGCUCAAUCUGGCCUGUCAGAAGCAGUCAAGGACUACCCAGGUCCAGCCACGCAUAUGCCGACUGAUUGCACAGACAGCGCCACACACUACGAUAAGGUUCUAAAAGACGAAGUUAUCCCCGCUCCGUUAGGUAAAAUAUACUCUCUACUCUACGGUCCAGAAUCUGGUUCGUUCGUGCGGAAGUUCCUUGUCGAUGAGUGCAAAUGCAUGGAACUUGUUCUUGAGGACGACAAGAAGGGCCUGAACAGCGACAUCAAGAGCAGGCAGUAUACCUACAUCAAACCCCUAGGCGGGAGCAUAGGGCCGAAACAGACCAAGUGCAUCACCACAGAGAACCUGGACUUUUUCGACCUCGAGAAAGCAGUCACAAUCACUUGCACAACUCAGACACCUGACGUGCCAUCUGGCAAUGCUUUCAGCGUGAAAACACGCUAUUGUCUAUCUUGGGCUCCGGGAAAUGCCACCAGGUUCCAGAUGAAUUGCACAAUCGAAUGGACUGCAAAAUCGUGGCUGAAAACACCAAUCGAAAAGGGUGCCAACGAUGGCCAGCAGCAAUACGGCGACGGUCUGGUUAAGGUCCUACGGAACGCUGUAAGUGGACGGCCACGAGGCACGACAAACGCUAGCAAGGUCUCGAAGAAGGGCAAGAAGAGGAAAGAAGGCAAAAAAUCCAAGGAUGAGGUCGUCGAGGAAGGAGCAAAGAAGACAGUCGAGGCAGACUGGGGGCCGUUUGAGCCUCUCAGGGUGCCAUUGCAGCCUGUGACGAGCGUGCUAGGCCCAGUAUUGAAGAUGGAAGUCUUGGUCGGCGUGCUUGCUGCCAUGGUGCUUCUGAUGUGGGUACGCGGGCCCAGCAGAGGAGAAGUCCAAGUGGGUUCGUAUCCUUUUGCAGGUAUGACUCAAAGCGCAAGACUGGCUGGUUAUGAGGCGUUGUGGACGAAAGAGGAGAAUGACUUUUGGGACUGGCUUGAAGCGAGGGCCAAUGUAGAUGCAAUUCUCCUCAGGGAACAGGCAACCCGGCAUAAACAAAACCCCAGCGGUGUCAGUGGCGAUACAAGAGAGGCUGUCGUGAAGGAGAAGAUGAAGAAACGGUCACGGAACCGGGCAGUGGCUAAUGAUGUGGAAGCCAAGAUCAAGGAGGAAAAGAUCAGUCAGAGGGAGAUGGAGGAUGCCAUCAGAAUUACCAGGGAGAGGCUGGAAGUUCUUGAAGGUGUCGUGGAAAAGAAAAAGGCGUCUAGAGGUGCCGACAACCAUCGGUAG